UCAGAAGAGGGGUAAGUUUGCAUCACAUAGGUGUCUGAGAUUCAGAAACCUGUCAAAGCAUCAUCGAAAUUUUCCUCAACUGGGCACACGGUUAUUAAUCAAAGCUGAUAAAAUAUCUUUGAAAUUUUCAAUGAAAUAAUUACUUGCAUGUAAUUCAAUUCUGUUGGCAGUGCGAGCGACGUUGCCCUGGUCGUAACGUUCAGAAGAAGGGGUCACAUUUUUUUGACAGAAUUGUGAACGUGGUUCAGACUAGGCCUGCAGAUUCUCCUGAGUUCCCUGAGGCUGCUUACAUGAGUUUCGGAAAGGUGAAAGGUGUUCAACCAGGUGCUUUGCUAGAAUAUUCUUCCUCGGAUGCUAAGAAUAUUACAGACGCUGCCGAAUCUUCUCCGGAAAUUGAAAGAUCGGGUCCCCAGAAAAUGGUGGAUAUCUUCAGCCCACGGAAAUACGUAGCAGGUGCGAGUCCGACGACAAUUGAUCGGAGGCAAGAGAAUCAGCACCUGGAGGCUUCCACCUCGUCAGGGGAUAAUCUGUACUCAAGGAAUUACGACUCUCAUCCCGAGAGACGCAGAAGACUGAAAAAAAGAAAAUGCAAGAAGCGUAGAGCAGCUGGGAACGACGAAGCCGAUGCCAAACAUCCACAUGAAAAAAUAUUCGAAACAAAAGAACUGCCCAGGUUAUUUACAAAAUGCGUCGUUAAAAUCUUUCGAUUUACAUUUAAAUUUGAUCGGAUUAUUAAGACAAAAUUGUAAUUCGUUUUGUUCAGAUAUUUGAAGCCAGUAGUUCAAGCUACGAGAUACGACGAAAUCAACGAAAGAGAAAUUCACGAUACGCUCAGGAGGGUCAAGGAAAAAAACCGAAUGAACAAACUGAGCGAUAUAAAAAUAACUUCGAGUACGUCAAGCUCUAGCGAAAUGUGGAACAUCAGAACUGGUGAUAACGAAUGUGACAUUUGCCUCUGUUCUAAAGGUUCUAUGUCCAGUUUGGAUAUAACUCAGAGUUUCACUGAUAAAUAUGAACUAGAAAUGAGCACCAUCGAAGAAAGGACGGACGAGGCAUCUCCGAGAAAAAAACUACGGGAAAUUAGAAUCUAUGGAACAGAAAGUGAAGAAAUCGUAGAUGUAACUGGGGAUUCAAGUAGCGCGACUUCUGGAGUGAAUUUGAACAAGAUAAACGAUGGUAAAAGAAAGAAGAACGUCAAGCGAUUCAUCAGUGGUGACGAAGACGUCACCGAUGAGGAGAUACAUCCGGUUGGAUGGAAAUCCAAAAAACUAAAGCAAGAAAUUGCCCCCACGAUCGAUGAAGAAAAAGUUCAGAAUAUCGGAGAAAAUAUCAUGCGGAAGAAGAGAGAAAGGAACAGAAGAGCUGAUCGAAGUGCGUCGCCGGGAAAGAAGCGACGAAAAAAUCGGGUAGUGGGACUGGAAGCUGAAAUCGAAAAGCGACAAAAACCACAGAAACAGUCCGACGCUAUGGCAGGAUUAGAACUAUUCGGGCCUCGCCCGAAAUUGCGGCUAAGAAGAGGACCAGGAUUCCCGAAAGUUGGAGAGGAAAAAUUUUACGAAGACAGAAAUGCAAUCGAAAAUGCAAAGACCGAGAAAAAGAAGACGAAUGGGUCCAAAAAGAUAACCAAAAAAGCAAAAUUAAAAGGUUCCGACUUCGUUACAGGCAAAAUCGACGCUGAACACGAACCCGCUAUUAAUUCAAAAGAAGCUGAAGUUAAAACUAAGUUCACAGAUUUUGAAAAGAAAACACACCCCUCAAAUUAUGAGUCCGAUACAGUUGCCACAGACACAACGACAAACAUUGAAGAUCUCCAAGAACUAACAUCGGAAGAAAGCUCCACAAAUGACAACGAUACAGUGCAUCACUGGGACAUUGGUAGUUCGAAAGGGAGGUACGGAAGGCCUCUCAAGCACCGAAAAUCUCCACGGAAGUGUAGAAAAAGAAAUAAACAAUCCAGCGAGUCGUACUACACUGAUCCUGAAAAUAGCCCGCGAAAAAAGGGCCCUGAAUCCUACAGGAGUACAUUUAGUAACGAAGAACUUGGUCCACAGAGGGUGGUGCCCGGCGAGUACAAAAAGCUGCCAAUCAGAAAUAAAGAUCAUCCGGCAAUCCGACGACUACGGAAAAGAGAAUACUGUGGACGAAUCUCCAGGAAGAAUCAGAGAACCGGAAUCGAAAUUCCAGAAGUACAAGAAGCUGGUCAUCCUCAGCCAGCAGAAAAAUUCGAACAAGCCCCUCAGUGGGAGGGACCAGAUAGGCAUCCUGCAGCCCCCGGAGACGGAAAUCCUUGGUCACCUGAAUUUGGUCAGGAAAUAGACGGACGGCAAAGAAUCCGAAAUAUGUUCGAGUCGGACAAUAGAAGAGAAUAUUACCAACAAGGAAUCGAACCUCGAGAACAGUUCCAACCUCACAGACCAUAUUUUGGGCCUGGUAAUUGCUACCAGAACUAUCCGCAAGGACCACCGCCAAGCUUCCAACCUGGACCAGGACAUGCAACGGCGAACGAUGUACCAAUGUACAAUGAAACGUAUUUUUCUGGUACCGCGGCUACUAGAGAUUCUGCCGCGAGACCAACCUCCAGCAGGUAUGCUGAUAUUGCUAGGAAGCCAUCUGACAAUAGAGGAUUUAAAAAAAAUUUCUGGCUAUUGUUAUUCCUAGUCAUCGUUCAGUCACUUAAUUAUACACAUUGA